GAGAGCAUAUAGGAAUAGUAUAUAGGAAUUGGCUUUGCUAGGCUUUUGGCCUUUUGUGCUUUUGUCCAACCUCGCUUAGUCUCUUAAGAAAGCAACAGGGACAAAAGAAAGUAGUGACUGUAGAUAUGCUACUUCUUAUAAGACCUGGAAGAACCACUCAAAAACCCCACCUCCUUUCCCUUUCUUUGCUUCUCUCUCUAACUCUCUCUCUCUCUCUCUCUCUCUCUCUCUCUCUCUCUCUCUCUCUCCCUCUCUCUCGCUUGACAUAUUACAUUUAAUUCUUCGGAGCAUAACCAGAACAUGGACAAUCAACGAAGUUCUCUUCUAACCUGGGCUUACUGCUGCCAAGGAAAGUCGGUGGAUGAGUUGAGGCAAACCCUUUUGUACACAACAUUAGAGCUUGAACAGACAAAAAUUGCAGCUCAGGAGGAGCUAAGAAAGAGAAACGAUCAAGUAAUUCAGCUCGAAGAUCUACUCAACAAGGCCAUCCGAGAAAGAGAUGAAGCUCAUGAGAAAUGCCAAAGACUCCAGAUUGAGAAACUCCUACUUCAACAGCAACAACAACAGCAACAGCAACAACAAACAGCUCCUCUUUCUGGAAUUUCAAGCAUUGAAGAUGAACCCAGAAGGGGAAUUGACUCCAAUAAUGGCUUUUCUUCUUCUGAUUGUGAAGAAAGCAUUGUUUCAUCACCAGUUAUAGACCCAAUUCAACCACCAGUUCAAUUGCCACAGCAGUCUGCAGCACCAUCAUCAUCAUCCAUGCCACAGGGAACAUUAGAGCUGCUUUCUGAAAAGCCAUUGCCUGAAAAGGGAAAACUUUUGCAGGCAGUCAUGAAAGCUGGUCCACUCCUUCAGACCCUUCUUCUUGCUGGACCACUUCCUCAAUGGAGACACCCACCACCACCUCUGGAGUCCUUUGAGAUCCCACCUGUGACCAUUCCUUCACCACCACCGCCACCACCACCACCACCAUCAUCAUCUUCACAAAUCCACCAAGAUUCCUUGAUUAACAUCACUAAUUGCAACAUAACCAACUGUGGAAGAAUGAAUAGGAAAAGGGUUCUUUAUGAAGGCUCUGAUUCUCCAAUAGAGACCAAGUACCAAAGGGUUGUACUCCACUGACUAUUACAGAGUAAUCCCUUUAAAUUUUAUAGGUUUAUAUUAUAAUUAUAUACGACUAAAAAGAGGUUAGUGAGGAUGGAAAAAUUUGCAAGUUGUGGUUAUGUGACUGAUCUAGCAUUUUGUACAGAGGCUUGUUUUCGAUUAAAGAAGCUUAUCCAAAGUUUUUAACUCAGUGGGAGAGAAGUGAAAAUGAGAGGGAGCUUGUUUUAGGCUUCUCUGCUCAGCAUUUUGUGUGGGGUUUAUCUCUUUUUUUUUUUUUUUUUUUUCCCUUUCACAUUUUAGUUUUGCUCCAUGAUGUGAAAGGGUUGUAGGGUAGGCUUGGUUUUUUGCCAAAAUUGUUGUGGGAUGUAAAAUGUAACUCUGAAUCUAGUUCAGUAAGAGUUUUUGUGUGUGUGUGUGUGUGUGUAUGUGUGUGUGUGAGUAUGAUGUUGAAAGAGAGAGACAGAUAGAUAGAAAGAUUGAUCACCCAAAAAAAAAAAAAAAAAAACAAA